AUGCACCGGUGCCGUUCCACCAAAACCGACAAGAGUGCGUCCGCUAAACGAGCAGUUGAUGUGCUUGACCAGCUGCCCGUCAGCAUCGUUCGAGUGAAGUCUACCACAAACAACUCAGCCAGCACCUCUAAGCAGUCAACACCAUGCGCUAAGACAUCGAAGGCCAGUGCUUUGAGUGCACCCAGUUGUGGAGUGGAAGAGCAGACCGCCACUGUGCGUGAACCGGGCCAGACCGAGUUCGUUCUUAAGCCCAGUCGGCCCAGAGAUCGUUCCAUAAACCAGCUUAUUCCAAUUAAUCAACUUCAUCCUACUGCUGCAGGAGGUAAACCGGAGUGCGAAAUAUGUUUGGGUAAGUCAAAGGUUUGCGAUUCAUUAUUGUAA